AUGUCUGAAGUUAUCAUUGUUACUGGAGGUACAGGUUUGGUUGGUCAAGCAAUUGCUGAAAUUAUUAAAUUAGAAAAAAAAGAAAAUGAAAAUUGGAUUUUCUUAAGUUCUAAAGAUGGAGAUCUUAGUAAUUUGGAAGAAACUAAAAAAAUUUUUCAAAAGUAUAAACCGACACAGGUUAUACAUUUAGCUGCCAUGGUCGGAGGACUUUUUCACAAUAUGGCUCACAAUUUGGAUUUUUUCAGAAAGAAUAUGCAAAUAAAUGACAAUGUUUUAGCAACUAGUCUCGAAUACAAAGUUAAAAAAGUUGUUUCUUGUUUAUCAACUUGUAUAUUUCCAGAUAAAACAACAUAUCCGAUUGACGAAACCAUGUUACAUCAAGGUCCUCCUCACUCAUCUAACUUUGGUUAUAGCUAUGCAAAAAGAAUGGUAGAUAUUCUAAAUAAGGGUUACCAUCAACAACAUAAUGCAAAUUUUACAUCUGUAAUUCCUUGCAAUGUUUUCGGUCCUCACGAUAAUUACAAUUUGCAAUCGAGUCAUGUAAUUCCAGGAUUAAUAAGAAGAAUGUAUGUAGCUAUAAAGUCAGGGGAAAAUACUUUUAGUGUUUACGGAACUGGAAAACCUCUCAGGCAAUUUAUUUAUUCAUUAGAUUUAGCUAAACUAAUGAUUUGGGUUUUGAGGGAGUACAAUGAAGUAGAACCGAUAAUUUUAUCAGUCGAUGAAAAAGAUGAAGUGAGUAUAGCUGAAGCUGCGACAGAAAUAUCUAGAGCAUUUAAUUUUCAAGGAAAAAUCACAUUCGACACAUCAGCCGCAGAUGGUCAAUUUAAAAAAACCGCAAGCAAUGCUAAGCUAAGAAAAUAUUUGCCUCAUUUUGAAUUUACUCCAUUUUCAAAAGCGAUUAAAGAAAGUGUAACAUGGUUUCAAAAUAAUUAUGAGAGAGCAAGAAAAUAG